AUGGCGGAAACUGUGGUGACGCUCGAAAACGUCGCCCAAAUCCUCGAAAAUGACACCAAGGUCAAGGUCGCCGGUAUCGACGUCGACGGGCAGCUGCGGGGUAAGCUGAUGUCGAAGAAGAAGUUCCUCGGUGUCGCAAAAGAGGGCUUUGGCUUCUGCUCGGUGGUGUUUGGAUGGGAUAUGCACGACAAGACAUACUUCAAGGAGCUGAAGAUUAGCAAUAAGGAAAAUGGUUACCACGACGUCAUCGCUAUUCCAGACCUCAGAACGUUCAGGCGGAUACCAUGGGAAGACGAUGUGCCCUUCUUCCUCGUCAGCUUCUUCGACCCAGAUACCAAGGAACCACUCAGCGCAUGUCCGCGAGGAAUUUUAGACCGGCAACUAAAGAAACUAGAGGGCGAGGGCAUUGGUGCUAUGGCAGGCGCUGAAUACGAAUUCUACCAAUUCCGUGCACCACAGAGCGGCAAUGCUCCGAUAUCUGAACGCAACAACUCUUCGACUGCCACCUUCCUCCAGAACAACCCAGUCGACUCCCUCCCAUCCCUCACCGAAGGCAUGUUCGGAUACAGCUUAACGCGUCCCCUCCAUAACAAAGACUAUUACUAUGGCAUCUUCGACGCCUGCGAGAAGUUCAACACCAACAUUGAGGGCUGGCAUACUGAGUCCGGCCCCGGCGUUUUCGAAGCCGCCCUCGCCUUUGGAGACAUCAAAGGCAUGGCCGACCGCGCUGGUUUAUUUAAAUACGUUGUUAAAUCCAUCGCCACAACAUACGGCAUCACACCCUGCUUCAUGGCCAAACCCCGUCAGGGACUGCCCGGAAACAGUGGCCACAUGCACGUCUCCCUCGUCUCAUCCUCCGGCGCCAACCUCUUCGCGCGCGAAUCCACGGACCCCAACCCGCCCUUCCCGGACGUCGCCAACCUCUCCGACAUGGGCCGCCACUUCCUUGCCGGUAUCCUCGAGGGCCUGCCAGACAUCAUGCCCAUCCUCGCGCCUACGGUGAACAGCUACAAGCGCCUCGUCGAGAACUUCUGGGCCCCCGUCACCGUCUCCUGGGGCCUUGAGCACCGCGCCGCUAGUAUCCGGCUCAUCGCCCCACCGACAGCAAAGGCGUCCGCCACUCGCUUUGAGAUCCGCGUCCCUGGUGCGGAUGCAAACCCCCAUUACGUGCUUGCGGCGUGUCUAGCGCUGGGAUGGCGCGGUGUGACGAAGAAGCUAGAGCUUACUUUACCACCGCUGGGGAAGGGUGAGGAUGUGGGCGGCGAGUCGGAUGCUGGGAAGCGGCUGGCGAAAAAUUUGGGAGAGGCGACAAGGAGGUUCAUGGCGAAGGACAGUUUGGCAAGAGAGGUGUUUGGGGAUGAGUUUGUGGAGCACUUUGGAGGGACGAGGCAGCAUGAGGUGAGGUUGUAUGAUGAGGCUGUUACGGAUUGGGAAGUGAAGCGUUAUAUGGAGACAAUAUAG